AUGGCGAUCUCUGACUCGUUUCCUCUGGGAGCCAACAUCCAGGUGGUGAGCCUCGCCGCCGCGGACUACGAAUCACCUGGCGGCCUCACCGCGACGCUGACCGGCUGCGGCUCGCUCACGUUCGACGGCGACGAGGCCUGCCAGCAGCUCAUCGACUCGGUGCCGACGUCGCCGCUGGAGGUGACGCCGCGCAUGGUGUCCGCCGGAGAGGCUGGGCGGGCGGCCUGCGUGAGCGACGCUGGGGGGCCGCUGGUCAGCGCCGGGACGCAGGUCGGCGUCACCUCGCUAGGCGUGUUCUCCGUCUGCGAGAACUCGGGCACCACCUUUGCCAACGUCGGCAGCCUGGAUUACCAACCACACUAA